UGCGCGCGCACGCACGUCCGCCUCUCGCUUCCGGCGCGGCGGCCUCGGCCGGACAGACUGGACCUCAGUGUCCGGCCUCCCCGAGGGCAUGCGGCGCUGAGGAGCAGCGGACUCUUCGCGUCGGCACCAUGAACCUCCUGCCGUGUAACCCCCAUGGCAACGGGCUGCUCUAUGCCGGUUUCAACCAGGACCACGGAUGCUUUGCAUGUGGGAUGGAAAACGGAUUCCGAGUCUAUAACACUGAUCCGCUAAAAGAAAAAGAGAAACAAGAAUUUCUGGAAGGCGGAGUUGGCCACGUGGAGAUGUUAUUUCGCUGUAAUUAUUUAGCUUUAGUCGGUGGUGGGAAAAAGCCGAAGUACCCCCCUAACAAAGUGAUGAUCUGGGAUGACCUGAAAAAGAAGACUGUUAUUGAAAUAGAAUUUUCUACAGAAGUCAAAGCAGUGAAGCUGCGGCGAGAUCGAAUUGUGGUUGUUUUGGACUCAAUGAUUAAGGUGUUUACAUUCACACACAACCCCCAUCAGUUGCAUGUCUUUGAAACCUGCUAUAACCCUAAAGGCCUCUGCGUCCUGUGCCCCAACAGUAACAACUCCCUCCUGGCCUUCCCGGGCACGCACACGGGCCACGUGCAACUCGUGGACCUGGCCAGUACGGAGAAGCCGCCGGUGGACAUUCCAGCCCACGAGGGCGUCCUGAGCUGCAUUGCCCUCAACCUGCAGGGAACGAGAAUCGCAACCGCGUCUGAGAAAGGGACCCUUAUAAGAAUAUUUGAUACUUCAUCAGGGCAUUUAAUCCAGGAGCUACGGAGAGGAUCUCAAGCAGCCAAUAUUUAUUGCAUUAACUUCAACCCGGACGCGUCCCUCAUCUGCGUGUCCAGUGACCACGGCACGGUGCACAUCUUCGCUGCCGAAGAUCCGAAAAGGAAUAAACAGUCCAGUCUGGCCUCAGCCAGUUUCCUUCCAAAGUACUUCAGUUCCAAGUGGAGUUUUUCCAAGUUUCAGGUUCCCUCAGGCUCUCCGUGCAUCUGUGCCUUUGGAACAGAGCCAAAUGCUGUCAUCGCGAUUUGUGCAGACGGCAGCUACUACAAAUUCCUCUUCAACCCCAAGGGGGAGUGCAUCCGGGACGUCUACGCACAGUUUCUAGAAAUGACCGAUGACAAGCUGUGACUCCGCUGGGAGUGCAACCAGCACCCACGGCCGGCUGCUCCGGAGCACCGAGUGUGCCCUUCAGACCCUGGGGCUGGUGCCGGGGCCCUUGGGCCUCAUGGGUCAGUGGCCAGAGGACUGCCCCGGGCCUUUGGUCCUGAAGCCAUUCUGUGGUUGUCUCUUUUCCUGAGCAGGGCUUCCCAUUUCCAGUAUUAAAGAACGAAUCAUCAUCAAGGCAGUGUAGACACUGAGUGGCUCUGAGCUGCCCGGGCCCGACUGCUGGCCCGCGACCCGUAGUUGAGCUGUGAUGCUAGCUUCCGUGCUUCCGCCGCGCCCUCCCGCCUCUGCCCCCUGUGCGCUUGGGGGCUCCGUGCACACGUAGGGACUGGGUUGACAAAAGGAUGGACAAAUGGAAAUUUGUUUUGGCAACAGGUUCCAUCAUUUUUACUGAGUCUGUAAUGGGAAAAUGAACAAACAUGUCCCUGUGAGUUCUUACGUUACCACCAGAUUUUAAAAUAGAACAAUAAUACCAGCAGCUUGCCUUAGAAAAGGAGAAGGGAAUUCCUUCUCUCCUCUCAAGAUGAAGCGAGGAGAGCCGGCCACGUUCGCACAGGGUGGGCGUCUCCCCGCAAGCCGGCGUCCUGGUCUUGUCCGUGCCUGUCGUGAGCCUGUGGUGCGGCCGUCCCCGUCUGUCUGUUGGAGCCGUCGGCGUUGAGGCCCAGGCUGGGCGC